AUGGGCGGGCUGUUUCUCCUCCUUGUCCUGAGUGUGGUGAUGGCUUUGGCGUCCUUCCUCGCCGGCGCACUCCCUCUCUCGAUGACAUUAAGCCAAUCGCAAUUGCGCCUGAUAUCGAGCAUAGGUGUAGGGAUACUUGUUGGCACCUCACUCAUAGUCAUAAUACCGGAGGGCGUCGAGGCCGUCGCGACCACGAACAAACCUGCACCUGCGCCGCACGACACCCGUUCAACUGUCCUCGGCCAACGACAUGUUUCCGAGCUCGCUAUACCACGAGACAUUCCCACAGUAGAAGUUCGAGAGGCUUCUCCAGUCGACAUUGAGCCACUGCUGCGCAGGGCCGUCGGAAUACGGGACGAUGCGCCGCCCCCAGAAGGCGAGCCAGUCGAGGCCCCAAAAGAAGAAUUGCCCUCGGACCACGAAGAGUUCCCGACAUUCUACAUUGGGCUCUCCCUAAUGCUGGGCUUCAUCCUCAUGUUCCUCAUCGACAGGAUACCGCAGCACGCGACGGACGGGAUGAGCUCCGCCCCAGCGACGAGACACAUCAGCCUGGACAACCUGGGCUCGGCGAGUGUCAACGGCGACGCCGAGGACGAGACCGAGGGGUUCCUAGGCUCCUUCGCGCCGACGCCGAGGCAGUCCAAGAGCCUGGCCACCACCACGGGCCUGGUGAUCCACGCCGCGGCGGACGGGAUCGCGAUGGGGGCGUCCGCGACGACGAGCGACAUGAAGCUGGGCCUCAUAAUCUUCAUCGCCAUCAUGAUCCACAAGGCCCCCGCGGCGUUCGGCCUGACGUCCAUACUGCUCAAGCAGGGGCUGUCGAAGCGCGCGGCCAGGGGCCACCUCGUCGCCUUCAGCCUGGCAGCUCCUGUGGGGGCCUUGGGCACGUACAUCCUCGUCUCGCUGCUCGGCGGCGGUGACAUGGAGGGCCCGGCAGGACAGUGGUGGACUGGCAUGCUGCUACUCUUCUCCGCCGGCACUUUCUUGUAUGUUGCUAUGCACGCGAUGCAAGAGGACCCCUCGGCCCAAGGCCACGACCAUCACUCAACAAUGAAUGGCUAUACGGACAGUAGCACGCAGAGGAAACCAAGCCGGCCGCAGAUGCGGGACACACUGGCGACAGUCGGCGGCAUGCUACUGCCUCUAUUGACCCAGUUCGGGCACCACCAUUGA